UGACCACUGCGGUUAAUGCUACCGCGCACACAACCUAACGUGCUGACUAGCGAGCCAGCUAGCCGCCGACAGAGCUCCCAGCUGAGAGGAAGCAACGGGAAUAAAACCGAGCAGAUGAGGUCCACGAUUCAUAACACAAUGUGCUGGAGCCGGGCCCUUCACACCGGCUGGCUUGUGCUGCUGGUCCAGCUGCUUUGCUCAGAGGCAGUGCCCAUCAGCAUAGAUAAGAUAAAAGUCCAAGAGCCAGAGCAAAAAGCAGAAGAGCCUCCAGCUAGUGUGGACACAGGUCUCCACUACGACCGCUACCUCAGGGAAGUCAUUGAUUUUCUAGAGAAAGAUCAGCAUUUCAGAGAAAAGCUCCACAACACAGACAUGGAAGAUAUCAAGCAAGGUAAGCUGGCCAAAGAGCUGGACUUUGUCAGCCACCAUGUCAGAACAAAGCUUGAUGAGUUGAAGAGGCAGGAGGUAAACCGACUCCGAACUCUGAUUAAGGCCAAGCAAGACCUUGAAGGAGGGAAUGACAUGGCAGUGGACCACCAGGCUCUGCUGAAGCAGUUUGAGUACCUGAACCACAUGAACCCUCAUACAUUUGAAGUGGAUGACCUGGAUCGGCUCAUUAAAUCGGCCACUAAAGAUCUGGAAAACUUUGACAAAGAGAGACAUGAGGAGUUCAAGAAGUAUGAAAUGAUGAAGGAGCACGACAGAAAGGAACACCUGAAAAAUCUGGACGAGGACGAAAGAAAAAAAGAGGAGGAGCACUAUGAGGAGAUGAAGAAGAAGCACGCUGACCACCCUAAAGUCAACCACCCAGGUAGCCAGAAUCAACUGAAGGAGGUGUGGGAGGAAGCGGAUGGCUUGGACCCUGAAGAUUUUGACCCUAAGACCUUUUUCAACCUGCAUGAUACCAAUGGAGAUGGCUAUUUUGAUGAGCAGGAACUGGAAGCAUUGUUCACCAAAGAGCUAGAAAAAAUCUACGACCCCACCAACGAAGAGGACGAUAUGGUGGAGAUGGAGGAAGAGAGGCUACGUAUGAGAGAGCAUGUUAUGAAUGAGGUGGAUUCCAACAAAGACAGACUGGUUUCUUUAGACGAGUUUCUGGUCGCCACAAAGAAAAAGGAAUUCUUGGAACCAGACAGCUGGGAGACCCUGGAGCAGAACCAGGCGUACACAGACGAGGAGAUGAGAGAAUUUGAGGAGCAUCUAGUUCAGCAGGAACAGGACCUCAACGAGAAAGCUGUUGACCUUCAGAAACAGAGAGACGAGCUGGAGAGACAGCAGGAGCAGCUAAAUGCACAGAAAAUAGAGCUGCAACAGGCUGUUGAGCAUAUGGAAAGGCUGAAAUCACAAAACGUAGAACCCCCUCCAGAGGUUCAUGUUGAAGGAAAUGCUAUCCCAGAGAUGCAUGCAGUUGACGACCAGCUGCAUCCUGAACAUGAGGCCCAACCACAGGGGCAUGAACCCCAAGCUCCUCAAUAUACACCUCAGGAACACCAUGAACAACAACAACAACAACAACAUCAUCAAGACCUGGCCCAGCAAGGUCUCCCCCAGACACACCAGAAUCUGCCACCAGGCCACCAAGAAGCUGCACAGGGCCAGCAUAACAUGCCAUAACUAUGCUGUCAGAACUUGAACCUCCACAACCAGACUUUUGCAGCACCUCCACUCCGGCGUGCAGAGGAGCAGUUCCUCCUGAGUAUUAGGCCUUUUAAAAACCAGCAUGACUUCGGGGUUUGGAAGACACUUGAGAUGAAGAAGAGCAGAACUAAAGAAAUCCCUGCUGAUUGAUACCAGUGUUUUAUAAUAACUGUAAUCUUUGGAUUACAUUACGGAAUUACAAUAGUAAAAUUACAAACCAAGGACCUGCAUCCUAAAAUGUGCAUAAUUACAUUUCUCAAGGAGUGUUUGAUUACAUUAAAAAUGAUCCCGAUUGUUUGGUAAUACAAUUGUAAAAAAUAUAUAAUUUUGGUGAGCUUUCUUUACUUGCGGUCUUCUGUACAGAAACUAACAAUGAUAACAAUGCUACUGGCUCUACAAGUUAGAUAUGUACAGUGCAGCUGUUGAAGGGGCUAAGGUGUAAAAAGUAAUUUAAAUUGUAUCAUUUUGAGUUUGAUAUAUACAUACUCGACUAUUAAGUAACCCCUAAACAACUCAAAAAUGUACAUGUGUGACUUAAAAUGAAAUGUUUCACUGGGCUGUAUCAAACAUUUUAGGAAAUUAGUGCAAGAGACAUUUUAAAGAUUUUCUAUAAUAGCAUUUAAGAGCCUAAAAGAGCAAAAGAGGCACUAUAGCAGUUUAAAGCAGCAUCUUGAUGUCUUAACCAGAACCACUAAAUCCAAGACCUUUUGAUUAUGUCAACACAAUCCUCAAGGGUCUGGUGAGCUCUUUCUAGAAACUUAUUUUAUUUCGAUUAUCUCAACCAGCCAAUGUCACAAAAUAUUCCUAUCUUUCAAUCAGAAACCCCCUCAUGAAGCCAGACUGCUCAGAGUCCUUACAUUGUCCAGACCUAGCAACACUUUUGCUCCUCUUCAUGUUGAUUCUGGUGGCUUUCAUAACUUGUCAACUGUUUGCCUACCUUGAAACUUCCUGUCAUGUGUGUACUCCGAUUUUACAGAGUUUUCUCAACUAUAGGAAAUCCGUCCUCAGCCUAAAAAGGCAUCGGGUACAGGUCUACAGAAACUGCACACUGCAGCUGCUCUCCGCUGACUUUAAUGUCAAAAUAAAUAAAGGUGCUAGGUUCUUCAAAUAAAGAUUGGUGUGGAACAUCUCUCCAUUCAACUAAUAUUUCCCCUGCUACAGUACAGCCCAAACUCCUGCAGAUGCUCACACAGAAGGUUCAGGUUACUUACAGUAUGUUGGACCUCUGAAAUAUUUAUGUUUAUACAUGAGUUGCUAGUGAUUUUUAAUUCGUUUUAGAUUUUUUCUGAUUGCAGGCUUUUAUUCCGGUGUCUUUUAUCUCAAUUUUCAAAAUAUUUUUGGAGCAACUGCUGGAUUUAUAUCAGAAAAAGUGCAAAUCUCUAAUUUGGUCUGUGAGAGCUGAGUCUGAUAUUACCACUGUCUUUAUUUUCUGAUUAUAUUGUCUGUCAAAAAGUGAUGAAAACCUUUUGAAUUUGCAUUCAGUUUACAUCAGUGUGUUUGGCACCAGAUGUGUAUUACUUGGUCCUAGUUUGACAAACACAACAUGGCAUAUUUUCCGCACAAAUUACCAGUUUGGUGUCCUUGCUGUGCUAUUGAGGUGUCUUUUUUCAGGUAACGCUGUGUUUUUUUCUAGCUGGCAGACUGUGGCCAUGGCAGUUUCAUUUUCAUCCAGUGAGAUAACAGGUCUGCAAUAUUGUGGUUUUAUUUUCUUCAAAAUCCAGAUAAGAAAUAUUUUAUUUUGUUUUAUGCCGUUUUAUUUGGUUUUUGUGUCCUAAGUGUUCCUUAGAGACAAGACUGCAUCAUAAUUUGCACAAAAUGUACAGAUUGUGUUUUCUGCGGGACUCAUUUUGACCAUACUGUACACCACCUCAGUUCAAGAUAAUAAAAAUUGUAUGACCGUUCA